AUGCUCAGGGCUGUAUGGAAUGCCCCUCAGCAUUGGCUGCAGGAGGGGAGAGAGUCCAGGAAGUUGGUGCUGGUGGUUGUGUUCGUGGCUCUGCUCCUGGACAACACGCUGCUUACUGUGGUCGUGCCCAUUGUGCCCACCUUCCUCUAUGCCACAGAAUUCAAAGAAGUCAACACUUCUCUGCACCUCAGCACUGCCACAACUUCCCGGCAUGCCCUCACCUCUCCUGCCUUUUCUACUAUCUUCUCCUUCUUUGAUAACAACACCAUGGCUGUUGAAGAAAGUGCGCCCAAUGCCACAGCAUGGACAAAUGCCACUUCUGGCACCAUCGCCCCUCCAGUCACAGGGGCCAUUUCAUCCCAUAAAAACAACUGCCUGCAACACUCAGAGUUCUUGGAGGAAGAGAACAUACGAGUCGGGCUUCUGUUUGCUUCAAAGGCCGUGAUGCAACUUCUGGUCAACCCAUUCGUGGGGCCUCUCACCAACAGGAUUGGAUAUCACAUUCCCAUGUUUGCUGGCUUUGUUAUCAUGUUUCUCUCCACAGUUAUGUUUGCUUUUUCUGAUACCUAUACCCUGCUCUUUGUGGCUCGAACCCUUCAAGGCAUUGGAUCUUCAUUUUCAUCUGUUGCAGGUCUUGGGAUGCUGGCAAGUGUCUACACUGAUGACUGUGAGAGAGGCCGUGCCAUGGGAAUCGCCUUGGGAGGCCUGGCUUUGGGAGUGCUGGUGGGAGCUCCCUUCGGAAGUGUGAUGUAUGAGUUUGUUGGGAAGUCUGCACCCUUCCUCAUCCUGGCCUUCCUGGCACUGCUGGAUGGAGCACUCCAGUUUUGUAUUUUACAGCCUUCCAAAUUCUCUCCUGAGAGUGCCAAGGGGACUCCGCUCCUUACACUUCUCAAAGACCCUUAUAUCCUGGUGGCUGCAGGUUCCCUCUGCUUUGCCAACAUGGGAGUGGCCAUGCUGGAGCCCACACUGCCCAUCUGGAUGAUGCAGACCAUGUGUUCCCCUGAGUGGCAGCUGGGUCUAGCUUUCCUGCCUGCCAGCAUCUCCUAUCUCAUUGGCACCAACCUCUUUGGUGUGUUGGCCAACAAGAUGGGUCGGUGGCUUUGCUCCCUGAUUGGCAUGGUGGUAGUAGGUAUCAGCUUGCUUUGUGUUCCUCUGGCUCGUAAUAUUUUUGGCCUCAUUGGUCCCAAUGCAGGGAUUGGCUUUGCCAUAGGCAUGGUGGAUUCCUCUAUGAUGCCCAUCAUGGGACACCUGGUGGACCUGCGCCACACCUCCGUGUAUGGGAGUGUCUAUGCCAUCGCUGAUGUGGCUUUUUGCAUGGGCUUUGCUAUAGGCCCAUCCACUGGGGGUGCCAUUGUGCAUGCUAUCGGUUUCCCCUGGCUCAUGGUCAUCAUCGGAGUCGUCAACAUCAUCUACGCUCCUCUCUGCUGCUACCUGAGGAGGCCCCCAGCCAGAGAGGAGAAGCUUGCAAUUCUGAGCCAGGAAUGCCCAAUGCAGACCCGGAUGCAUGCAGUCCAGAAGUCCGUGAGGGCAUUUCCACUGGGGGAAGACAGCGAUGAGGAGCCUGGCAGUGGGGAGUAG